GGUGUAGCACUGUCCAAAGAAGGCUACAGCCUCAACUGGUUGGGCAAGUCAUACGCCCGCUUAUUGGCGAAUGAGAACGUGCGCACCUUGCUCAAAGCCAAAACUGAACACAACAACUUGCCCGAAAACAUUAGCAGCCAAAACAUGCUCAUCAAGGGUGAUAAUUUAGAGGUGCUCAAGCACCUCAUGGGCGCAUACAGCGGCAAAGUCAAGAUGAUUUACAUCGACCCGCCGUACAACACGGGUUCAGACGGCUUUGUUUAUCAAGACGACCGCAAAUUCACCGUAGAGCAAUUGAGUCACUUGGCAGGCAUAGAUAAAGAUGAAGCCAAACGCAUUUUAGAGUUCACCGACAGUGGUUCAAACAGCCACAGCGCGUGGCUCACGUUCAUGUUCCCGCGUUUGUACCUUGCCAAGCAACUGUUGCGUGACGAUGGCGUGAUAUUUAUCAGCAUUGAUGACAAUGAACAGGCGCAAUUGAAACUGUUGAUGGAUGAGGUUUUUGGGGAGGAUAACUUUGAAGGCAGCGGUACAACCGCUCACGCUGUGAUGCAACUUAACGCCGAAGACGGCGGCAACCGCCAGUUUAUUUGCGUGCAGAUUGAUGAGCCGACUUACACGAUUGAUGAAAAAACAGGCGUAAAAAAAGGCAAAAAAGGUUCGGAGGAAGCAUUUAAAGCGGGCUAUGAAACCAUUUACGACAUAACCGUCGAGCGAAUCAAACGCGCCGCCACAAAAAUCAAAGAGACUCACCCCGAGGCG